CUUCUAUAUUCUUCCUUGCCCUCACUCUUAUAAUAUAAACAACAUACAUAUAGAAGACUUACACUCACAUAUCUUAUAUUGAUCAAGAUCCAUAAACCCUAAAUUUUAUAAAUCUCUAGCUAUACCCUACCAUAUUACAUAAUGUCUAGCCGAAAGUCACGGUCCAGGCAAACGGGAGCUUCCAUGAUCACCGAAGACCAAAUCAACGAUCUUGUCCUCCAGCUUCAUCAUCUUCUUCCCGAACUUGGUAACACUAGACGCUCUGGAAAGGUAUCAGCAUCAAGAGUAUUACAAGAGACAUGCAGUUACAUUAGGAACUUGAACAAAGAAGUGGAUGAUCUUAGUGAAAGAUUGUCUCAACUUUUAGAAUCAACUGAUUCAGCUCAAGCUGCACUCAUCCGAAGUUUGCUCAUGCAGUAGAAUUAGUGCAGCAAAGAGUUUUUUUCUGUUUUUUUUUUUUUUGUCUUCUCAAUUUUAAGUCCCCUUCUUAUUAUAUCUGAAAUGUUGAUCAUUAGUUUUGGCGUUUGUGUUCUCUAUUAUGUAAUGGUUUAUCUAUUUAUUUAGGGUUUUGUUUUGUCAGCUGAUGAACGAAGCAAGUGGUUUGGACUUACGCUCAUAUUAUUUAAAGCAAAGAAGUUUGUCAGA